AUGUCAUUUGUGCCCUUUCUUGAACCAUUCAUCCCCCAUGAAAACACAUUGCUUCCAGAACUACCCUUUGUGACCCUUACUUAUGCUCAAUCGCUUGACUCAAGAAUAGCGGCCAAAAAGGGAGAACGAACGGUUAUAUCUCAUCAGGAGACAAAAAAUAUGACCCAGUAUCUUAGAUCUAAACAUGACGCCAUUCUCGUUGGGGUGAAAACGGUUUUGGCAGACGAUCCAGGGCUCAAUUGUAAGCUGGGAACUCCUAUCCGUCCGAUCAUACUCGAUCCAACUUUCCAGUUACUUUCUAAGAUAGCAUCAUUAAAGCUCAUUAAGCUAGGCCUCUCAGGAGAAGGUGAACCUCCGGUAUUUAUUACUCGCAAAGGGGUGGUAUCUCCAGAUUUACAGGCAAAUUUAAGGUCGGAUUAUGGUAUUUCUAUCGUGGAGAUUGCUGAUAGAGAUGUCCACCGAGGAAAAAUGUCUUGGUUUGCCAUAUUGAAAAUCCUGAAAGAUGCUGAAAUUCAUAGCGUCAUGGUAGAAGGAGGUGCCACAAUCAUUAACGAUUUGCUCAUUUGUAGGCAGAACAGCGUUCCCCUGGUUGCCUCCCUUAUCAUCACAGUAGGUCCAGUAUACUUGGGUAAGGAUGGGGUCGAAGUCACACCAGCCCGUAGCGUUAAGCUAGGCAAUGUUCGCUGGUGGCACGGAAUACAAGAUGCUGUAGUGGCAGCCAGUUUGGAAUAA